AUGCACCUCCUCCGAGCGCUACGGGCGUUUCAGCCUUGCUCGGCCUACCGACAACCCGCCAACCGACUCUCAUCUGCUUCCCUCUGCCGCUUCUACUCGACACCCGCUGGCGAUGCCCCUCCUCCGCUACUGUCCAAGCUCAAGUCUGAACUCAAGACGGCUAUGCGCGCCAAGGAUGCCCCCCGCCUAGCCGUUCUUCGGGCAAUCAUGUCGGCCAACCUCAACGCCUCCAAGACAUCGACCCCCAUCAAGACGGAUGUGCAGCUCGUGGCUUUGAUCCGCAAGAUCCAGAAGGGUGCCUUUGACGCCGUUGCCGAGGCUAAGGCUGCCGGCCGCGAAGACCUGGUCCAGAAGGAGGAGGAGCAGAUCAAGGUUCUGGACGAGUACAUCUCCAACAGUGGCGUGCAGACUCUGGGUGAGGCCGAGCUCAAGGCCCUGGUUCAGGAUGCCGUCGAGGCUUCCAAGGCUGCUGGUAUUCAGGCCAAGGCUAUUAUGGGCGACGUCAUGAAGCGACUAUCCGGUGCUCUCGAGGGUAAGGAUGUUGACCGAAAGGAGCUGGCCAAGCUGGUCAAGGAGCUGACAAGCUAA